AUGGACCAUGCAGCCCAGCAUGUGUUUCUCCAAAGAAUUCUAUUCAUGUUCGAAAUCCUCAAGCGAAAAGCUGGUCGAUGUCAAAGUCUCAAGAUACCCCUUGCCACAUGGCAAUUUGAAGCUGACCUCACAUGCCUGGUGUGUCAUGUGUUGGAGGAAAUGCGAAACCAUAGGACUCCAGACAACCAGCUUGUUUUCACAGACUCUGUAUUGGUAUCUGUGAUGAAAGGCUUCAUCGAUGGGGACUACCAUGACGAGCUCAAGCCCAUGGUCGACAUCAUGGACCCGGCAUUCAAACCCCAGGAUCUUAGCAUUUGGACUGAGAAUUUGCCUACGAUUGCCAAUCAGGGUACCAAUUCAACAGACCAGUUGGUUGCCACUGACAAGAUCAUUGACUCCAUGGCUGCCAACACAGCAAAACUCCAAUUCGAGGCUGACAGUCUUUCCAUUGCCCGAGAUGCAGCCCAGCUAGCACGGCUGUAUGGUGAGGUAUGCAAGUCAAGCCGAGCCUUGCGUCUCAUGAAGGUUCACCACCUGCGGCAGGAGAAUCAAAUUGGGUCGAGCUUGGUUGCAGCCCACAUGGAGAAGGCUUGUAAGUUCAUAGCUGGACCAGUUGCAGAGCUUACAUCUGAAGCCUUUAAGGACAUGAAUAAUCUUGAUUCAAGUCUUUCUUAUGAAACCCUGCAGUUUGCAUCUGCGAUCAACAAUGCCAAUGGGGCUUUGGUUGUAUGGGUGGACUUCAUGAAAUUAGGAUGCCUCACAACCAAAGACUUGAACAAUUGUGUGGACAUUGCCAAGAAAGCCCUCAGUGCCAUCCCAGAGCGAGGGGUCUGUUUGGCUUUAGCCCCACAGAUUCUGUCCGAGAAAAGGAGUGGGCUGAGAGAGGAAUGGAGGCGGGUGGAGGACAAAUGCGACGCACGACACCUGGCGAGUGAAUCUUUCAACGUGAGGGCGCUGAGUGAUGUGCAAGAAUGUGCGCAGCUACUGUGUGGUCCUCACAUGCCUACACUUCUUUUGCAAAGCUUACUCAAUGGCUGCAACUUGGGGCAGCGAGUGGGUGUUUUGAACUUGACCCCUUACGAUUCUGAUUUGGAAGUGGUGUGCAUGAAAUGGGCCCUCCAAGAUCCAUCUCGCACCUUCCAAGUGCUCAGCUUGUCCACAGACCUGACAGUGGUGGACCAUUGCAAGAAGAUCUGUGGGAUGAUGCUUUUCGAGGACUGGAAGAACCAUGGCAAAAUCAUGGGGGACGUUCGCAAGUAUGAUCCCUCUUGUCAGUCGACCACUGGAGAGAUUGAUUUGGAUUCCUUUCCCCUGAAGUUAGCGAAGCUUUCAGUGGACCAGUCGAAAACUGGAUGGCAAAAGUACAAGGUUGCACUCCCGAAUGAGGUCCGAGGGCUCCAUUUGACUGACCCUAUCAAUGCCCCUGCUUGGAAAGCAUUGGUGACUGACUUCGACCGAAAGUUCUGUGGCAACAUGGUCCAUGAUGAUGUGUCCAGCGCCAUCGUGCCUCAUGAGCCGGAAGAGGAGUCUCCAGCGCCCUGGACCUGCGAGCCGACAGCAAUCGAAUCGCUUCUGGACCAGUACCAUAUCGAGAACAAGGUGGCACACCAAGAUGUCAUGUUGGAUCCAAACGAAUUUCAAUUGGCACAUGGCAAGUCGAGCUUCCUCAAGCCCGACAAAGUGGCGAAGCUUUGCCGGGAGAACUCUGGGACAGGCCCAGCUAUUUGCCCCGGGGAAGUGUGUCUAAUAAAUCAGGAACGGGAACACCACCGAAACCAUCGACAACCAGAGGUUCAAGUUGUUCUUAGUGAUUUGUCUUGA